CCUUUCCAACACGUCAAACGUAGGUGCUCCUACCAGAUAUAAACGAAAACAUUAUCUUGAUUUAGUCAGUACGACUGCUUCAGUAACUGGAAACAUGCUAAUCAAGUCUCUGUUGAUAAUCGUGUUAGCAACUUUAGCGUUUUCUGCGGAUCAUGGUACUUUCAAGGACUGUGCCAGAGUAGACUUUUGCACUAACUUGAGGACUCGAACACCCUCUGAUGACUAUUCAGUUGAUUCAGGAAGCGUCUCAGCAUCCACUGAUUCAAACACCUUAACGGCAACCCUAAAAUCCAACAAUGGAGGCUCAGACUUAACGCUUACUCUAUCAGGGCUUCAACAAAACACCUUCAGAGUCAAAAUCGCGGAAGUUGAUUCAACGAGAUACGAGCUUCAGGAUGUUCUUGACGGGGAACCCGAAGGCCUCAAUUUCGAUGACGUCCAAAUCGGAGACGACUCAGUAACUGUAACCACAGCCUCUGGCUCAAACUCCGCUACGGUCACAUUUUCACCUUUCAAUAUUGAGUUUGGCAAAGAUGGAGCCACAGAAGUGGUUUUUAACGGAGAUCGUCUGACUGUAGCAAACAACGACGUCACCGCUCCGUUCAGUUUCGGAAUUACUUUCCCUGAAGGACUACAACUCUACGGAAUUCACGAGCACUGCGACAGUCUUGCUUUACAAAAUACCGGACCUGGCGGUACCGAUCCGUACCGUUUCAAGAAUUCAGAUGUGGCUUUCUAUGAACUGAACUCGCCGAUGGCACUGUAUGGAGCGGUUCCUGUUCUCUAUGGACACGGGCCUACAGCGACUGCUGGAGUCUUUUUGCAUAACGCCGCAGAACAAUGGAUUGAAACAACGAGUAAUAACGAAGAUGGCGGAAGUCAAGCGUACUUCAUGGCGGAAAUUGGUACUUUGGACGUUUUCGUUUUACUAGGGCCUAAUCCGAUCGAAGUCGUACGACAAUACACGAAGUUGACCGGUACCGCGCAUUUGCCGCAACUGUGGACUUUAGGGUACCACCAGUCGCGAUAUAGUUAUGAAACCCAGGAUGAUGCCAAAGACGUGGUUUCUAAUUUUGAUAGCAACAAUUUCCAGUUGGACGCUCUUUGGCUAGAUAUUGAUUAUACUGAUGCGUAUAAGUACUUUACGUGGAACCCGAGUACGUACAGUGAUCCGGUGGGUUUGCAGGACACCUUAGCUAGUACUAACAAGAAGUUGGUGACUAUUAUUGAUCCUCAUAUUAAAGUUGAAGCAGGAUAUAGUGUGUAUGAUGGGGCUUUGGCAAAUGAUCUCUUCGUAAAAAACGCAGAUGGGUCUGUGUUUGAAGGACCAUGUUGGCCGGGUACUAGCAGCUACAUGGACUUUUUAAAUCCAGCGGCUAGGGAGUACUAUGGUAGCAUGUAUUCGUACGACAACUUCCCGGGUUCCACACCCACUCUCGCUGGUACUUGGAAUGACAUGAACGAGCCAUCAGUUUUCGAUAAUUCACUCGAAAUGACACUACCUGCUGAUGGUCUUCAUAUUGGUAACGUCAGACACAGAGAAAUCCACAACAUAUACGGUUUCCUACACACGAUGGCCACCCAUCAAGGUCUCCUAGCCCGUGACAAUGGCGAACGACGACCUUUCGUUCUCACCAGGUCACAUUUUGCCGGUUCCCAAAGGUACACUGCUUUCUGGACCGGGGACAAUCAAGCCGAUUGGACGUACCUUCAUGCCGCCGUUCAAGAAUGUUUAAAUGCAAAUAUCUUAGGUCUCGUAUUUUGUGGUGCCGACGUUGGUGGCUUCUUCAACAACCCCACCAACGAAUUAAUGGAAAGGUGGUACCAAGCUGGUGCUUGGCUCCCAUUCUACAGAGCUCAUUCCAACAAAGACACCAACAGACGUGAACCGUAUCUGCUACCUGAAGAUUCGCAAGCCAUCAUACGAGAAGCAAUUCAGACAAGGUACAAGCAUCUGCCAGUUUGGUACACUCUGUUCUAUGAACACACGCGUACCGGCGAUCCGAUUAUUAGACCCUUGUUCUAUCAAUACCCUGAGGAAACUGAUGCGUAUCAUGUUGAUGGUCAGAUUUUAGUUGGUACUGAUAUUUUGGUACGUGCAGUGUAUGACUAUUCUGGUGCUACAGAUCUAGAUGUGUAUUUCCCCGGUGGUGAAAAUGAAGUAUGGAUCUCCAGUACCAGUGACGAUGUUCGAGCGGGAACUGGUCAAAUUAAUGUUCCUGUUGCUAGAGAAAAUUCGCCGACAUACUACAGAAGAGGUGCUGUAAUUGUACGAAAGGAUACAGUGAGACCAAAUACGGUUGAGAUGACGGACGAUUCUCACACUCUCUACUACACCGUGAAUGAAGAUAAUACUGCUCAUGGUACUGUCUAUCUCGAUGAUGGUGUUAGUUUCAAAUACCGAGACGACUCUGAUUUCAAAUAUAUAAGUAUUGAUGUUGAUGGCGACAACGUUUCUUUCACAACAAUCGAUGGAAACGGUGACUACGAGUUUGUGGUGGACAAGAUUGUACGCCGAGAUAUUGCAAACUUUCCCAAGGGUGGCAAAUCUGGAUCUUACAAAGAAACUGUCAUCACUAGAGAUGCUAAUGGAGAUCUUCUAAAAAAUAUUAAAAUUGGUUCGACAAAAAAUCUGAUCGUAAAAUUAAAGUAGAAAUCAAUUGUUUCCACUGUGUAGUAUAAAUUGUCAUUUCCGAUACUGUUACCGAAAUAAAUAUAUCUGAGAUUAACAGAA